AUGGAUCGUGUCCAAGAAUUUAUAACAAAAGAGGACCCAUUGAUUUUGGAGAGCUGUACGAAAGAACAGCUGAAGCAAAUCGCCGAACACUAUGAGAUAGAAUUAGUGUCGACUAAAGUGGUCUAUAUGAGACAAGAACUUGGAAAUAAAGUAAGGUCUCGACGCGAAGACGUCGGAGUGAUAGGAUUAGAUGUGAGUGCAAAGGAAAGUGUGGAACAAGAUAAUGAGGAAGUGUCUUCUAAUUCGUCUCGUAGGAGUGGAAGUUUAGAAUAUGAAUUGGAACGUUUGAAACUGGAAGCUCAAAUUAAGAGGGAAGAGAGACAGUUUCAGUUAGAGAAACUGAAAUUGGAGAAAGUGAGACUUGAAAGUGAGCAAAAAAUGCGUGUAGAAUUAGAAAAGGAGAAAACGAAGCAAAUGGAAAUCGAAGCAAAUAAAUUUGUGGCUGCUCAGAGGCGAGAGCGAGAGGUACACUCGGAGAGCACACCUAUGCCUGCAGCAUAUGAUCACAAGGCACGUGAAAAGGAGGUUCCGCAAUUUUGUCCAGAAGAGUCUGAGUCUUUUUUUGAGCAUUUUGAAAAAGUUGCUACACUAAAGCAGUGGCCAGAGGAGGAUUGGGCCCAAUUGGUGCAAAUAAGAUUGACUGGGGCAGCGAGAGAGGCCUAUACCCAGCUCUCUCUUGAAGAUUGUAAAAAUUACUGGACUGUGAAAAACAGCGUAUUAAGGUCAUUUCUACUGACACCUGAAGCUUACCGGAAGCGGUUCAGAGAAAUGGUAAAGACACAAAGGAGCACAUAUGCUGAAACAGCCAGAGAUUUGGAACGUAGAUUCCAAAGAUGGAAGAUUCCAAAAAAGAUUCUAAAAUCUCAAAGCUGUUAUCUUUCAUAA